UGGGGGCACGACGCCCUCCGUCAAAGUUGGCAGGACAAGUGCCUCAGGAAAUGGUAAAUGGAGAAUCUGAGAGACUAGCACCCCCACAAUCAAGUGAAAUCACAGUCAUAAAGAAGCCAAGUACAAAGAAAACAAGGGCCCCAGCCCCUCCAAAAACAAACCCUACUCCAGACAUGACAGUCAAAUCUGAACCACCCAUGGAAGUUACGACUACCUCUGACAAAGUUACUUCUAAUUCUGCCAUUAAUGUGCAGACUGUCAAAUCUGAAAAUCUUUCGCAAAAUACUACUACCUCUUCCAAGUCUGACCCUGAUGUGCAAACUGUAG